AUGUUUCUCUUCAGUAUUUUUGGUUCAGCGUUAAAAACCACGCAGUCUCGAGAACCUAAAACAAGACACGACAUUUCCAGUCAAAGAUUCAAAACGGGUCAAAUCAACGGCGACCUGCUCAUCUACCACGUCCUGCUCACGCUCAAACCCUACUACGCCAAACCGUACGAGAUCGUGGUGGACCUGACCCACGUGGGGCCCAGCAACCGCUUCAAGACUGACUUCCUGUCCAAGUGGUUCGUGGUGUUCCCGGGGUUCGCCUACGAGAACGUGGCGGCCGUCUACGUCUACAACUGCAACACCUGGGUCCGCGAGUACACCAAGUACCACGAGCGCCUCCUGACGGGACUCAAGGGGAGCAAGAAGCUGCAGUUCAUCGACUCGCCGGCGAAACUGGCCGAGCACAUUGAGCCGGACCAACAGAAGCUGCCGGCCGCCACGCUGACCCUGGAGGAGGACCUGAAGGUGUUCCACAACGCGCUCAAGCUAGCUCACAAAGACACCAAGGUCUCCAUCAAGGUGGGCUCCACGGCGGUGCAGGUGACCUCCGCAGAGCGCACCCGUGUCCUGGGGCAGCCCGUGUUCCUGAACGACGUGUACUACGCCUCUGAGAUUGAGGAGAUCUGCCUGGUGGACGAGAGCCAGUUCACCCUGACCAUGGCCAACCAGGGCACCCCUCUGACCUUCAUGCACCAGGAGUGCGACGCCAUCGUCCAGUCCAUCAUCCACAUCCGCACGCGCUGGGAGCUGUCUCAGCCCGACUCCAUCCCGCAGCACACCAAGAUCCGACCCAAAGACGUGCCCGGGACUCUGCUCAACAUCGCUCUGCUCAACCUGGGCAGCUCCGACCCCAGCCUCAGGUCUGCGGCCUACAACCUCCUGUGCGCUCUCACGUGCACCUUUAACCUGAAGAUCGAGGGCCAGCUGCUGGAGACGUCUGGACUCUGUAUCCCGGCGAACAACACGCUCUUCAUCGUCUCCAUCAGUAAAACUCUGGCUGCGAACGAGCCGCACCUGACGCUGGAGUUCCUGGAGGAGUGCAUCUCCGGCUUCAGCAAAUCCAGCAUCGAGCUGAAGCACUUGUGUCUGGAGUACAUGACCCCGUGGCUGCUGAACCUGGUGAGAUUCUGCAAACACACGGACGACGCCAAACGCCAGCGAGUCACCGCCAUUUUGGACAAACUCAUCACCAUGACGAUAAACGAGAAGCAGAUGUACCCCUCCAUCCAGGCCAAGAUCUGGGGCAGUUUGGGACAGAUCACGGACCUCCUGGACGUGGUGCUGGACAGUUUCAUAAAGACCAGUGCCACCGGAGGCCUGGGCUCCAUCAAAGCCGAGGUCAUGGCCGACACUGCGGUGGCGUUGGCAUCGGGCAACGUCAAACUGGUGUCCAGCAAGGUGAUCGGGCGCAUGUGUAAAAUCAUCGAUAAGACGUGUCUGUCGCCCACGCCGACGCUGGAGCAGCACCUGAUGUGGGACGACAUCGCCAUCCUGGCUCGCUACAUGCUCAUGCUCUCCUUCAACAACUCUCUGGACGUGGCGGCACACCUGCCCUACCUGUUCCACGUGGUCACUCUGCUGGUGGCCACGGGGCCCCUGUCGCUGAGGGCCUCCACACACGGCCUGGUCAUCAACAUCAUCCACUCACUCUGCACCUGCUCACAACUCAACUUCAGCGAGGAGACCAAGCAGGUGCUACGGUUGAGUCUGACAGAGUUCUCGUUGCCAAAGUUCUACCUGCUGUUUGGCAUCAGUAAAGUCAAGUCUGCUGCGGUCAUCGCCUUCCGCUCCAGCUACAGAGACCGCUCCUUCUCCCCCGGGUCCUACGAGAGAGAGACCUUUGCCCUGUCCUCCCUCGAGACGGUCACCGAGGCUCUGCUGGAGAUCAUGGAGGCCUGUAUGAGAGACAUCCCGUCCUGCAAGUGGUUGGACCAGUGGACGGAGCUCGCACAGAAGUUUGCGUUCCAGUACAACCCGUCUCUGCAGCCUCGUGCCCUGGUGGUGUUCGGCUGCAUCAGUAAAAGAGUGACCCACGGACAGAUCCGGCAGAUCAUCCGGAUCCUCAGCAAAGCCAGUCCUCUGCUCAGCAUCGACCGGGGUUUGGAGAGUUGUUUGAAAGGGCCGGAUAACUACAACAGUCAAGUCUUGAUAGAAGCCACAGUGAUCGCUUUGACCAAACUGCAGCCGCUUCUGAGCAAGGAGCCACAAACUGAGGUCCAGGAGCCACAGACUGAGGUCCCACAGACUGAGGUCCCACAGACUGAGGUCCUGGAGCCUAUAGUGUAG